AUGACGUAUCGCAGCCAAGUUUCCGAGAGACACCGGCCGCUGUCGACAGAAAGUGGCGAGACGAAAGCCGAUCCAGGGCUGCGCAAGAUGUGGUCGUUGUCCUUUGCCGUCCUUGCUUUCCCUCCGCCCUCCGCUGACGACGACACACACGGCCAGUCCGCCGUGGUGGGCGUCCCGUCUGUCGUUCAUACGGCCAAUGUCGAGGACAGGGCCAAUCAGACACUGAACACAGCUGGGAGCCCUCUUCGACGUCGUGAAGAGCCUUGGAGAAUGUGGGUGGAGACGGGCAACCAGGGCGCAGAGGAAAAUAGACACCGCAUGGGUGGCGCAACACCCGAGAGACCACCCCCACCGGCCAAUGGCGAUACGCUGCUCAAACACACGACUUCUGUGGACAGUUCCUUUCGCAUCGAGGCAUCCUCGGAUGGCUGGAGACGCGACGAAAUAGCAGACCGAAUGUCGUAA